CGAUUCAAUAAAUUUCUCUCUUCGUCUUCUUCAAAAGCAAACAACCCCCUCCCUCUCCUCAAGAUGCAGAUCUUCGUCAAAACCCUAACUGGCAAGACCAUCACGCUCGAGGUCGAGAGCUCAGACACAAUCGACAACGUGAAAGCUAAGAUCCAAGACAAGGAAGGAAUUCCUCCCGAUCAGCAGAGGUUGAUCUUUGCUGGUAAGCAGCUCGAGGAUGGGCGAACCCUUGCUGAUUACAACAUACAGAAGGAGUCAAACCUUCACCUUGUCCUUCGUCUCCGUGGUGGUGAUUUCUGAAAUCCCUGCAUUUUAGUUAUUGGCUUGUGGUUCUGCUUCUUAUGGUUCCAAGACAUUGAAAUAUGUGGUUUCUUUAGUAAGUAAAUAGUUUCUAAAUGUUCUAUAGUUUCUUACCGCUUUUGGGUUCUAAGAACUCUCCUUUCAGAAUUGAA